CAUACCACCCCCACAACCUAAUUCAUAUAUAUAACACACUUGCUCAUCCUCCUUUGACAGCCGCCAAUUUCAUUUGAUUGAAAUUAUAAAUCACACACACAUAAAUAUUUAUAUGUACGUAUAUACAUACAUACACACAGAGACAUGGAGAACAAUAAUCAUCAUGCCAUGGCUGCAGGUGCUAGUAGUGAUUCAAACACUAGUGAUCACACCACCCCAAUAUCUUCUUCUUGUGUUAAUGAUAACAACAACAAUAAGUUAUACAAAGGGGUGAGAAAGCGAAAGUGGGGGAAAUGGGUUUCUGAAAUCAGGCUUCCCAAUAGCCGUGAACGAAUAUGGCUAGGGUCUUAUGACUCUCCUGAAAAGGCAGCACGAGCCUUCGAUGCUGCCCUUUACUGUCUACGUGGCCGCCAUGCCAAUUUCAAUUUCCCCAACACACCUUGCAACAUGGACACUGCUACCAAUGCUCCUCCUAACCAAUCUCUUACCCCACAAGAGAUUCAAGAGGUUGCUGCUAAGUUCGCAAAUCAGGUGUCCCCGCUACUACAAAAACCUCAAGAACAACCUCAACCUCAACGUAGUAGUGAUGGUGGUGGCGGUGGUGCUAAUUCUUCAUCGUUUGGAUCAAAGUUGUUAUGUAAAUCAGACAGCAUAGCAGAGAGUAGUACUACUAGUACUACUACUAAUUGUACCCCCACCACCACUGCCUCGUCAUGUUCUGCUACUAUGUACGAAUGUGAUGGAACGGAGCAAGUGGACCGUGGGGACAUGAUGGAUUGGACAUUCUUGAACGUCUUUGAUUUCUCCAAUGAGGUGGUGCUUCCUGCUGUUGGAUCCGACUAUAAUGAUCUCUAUAAUUCUGAGCUACACAAGAUGCACUCAGAUUCAGGUGAGUUAUUGUAUUCUACUCCUUUUGAGGGUUACGAACAAUUAAUUGAAGCUGAUCAUGAUGAUGAUGAUCCUUUUUCUCACCAAUCAUUCCUUUGGAAUUGGAACUUUUGAUCAUCAUAUCAUCACUCGCUACUGCAUGUGCUGCUAGAAUAUGAUGACUACUAGUUAAAAUUACUUGCCCCAGCCUAAAUAUAUAAUAAAGCAUCCUUGAUCUUUUGUAUAUAUGAUAUGUAUAUGGUGUUGUCUCCAAGUAUAUAACAAUAACAAGGACAAGACAAGACACAGGCUAUGUCAGACCAUAUAUAUAUUCCUUACCAUAAUUAAGUAUAUGCCUAGCUAUAUGGCUAGCUAGUGACCUCGGUUUUUCUAGUGCUAUCUAUUCCAUAGAUUAGCACAGGCUACCAACUAUAUAGUAUCGAUCGAUAGAUGUUGUCUUACUAUAUGUUUCCCCUUGGCAAUAAAAUAUUUGUACUUUAUAGGUUGUUUUAUGUAUACUGGUUCAAGUAUAUAUUUAUACCUAAGUAUAUAUAUAUUGAUCUGUGACAUGUAUCCCUUCUCCUUUCCUUAUUUCUCUGUAAAAU